CUGCGGCUCCUCUGCGCGUCUCGAUGCGCCUGAGGUCGCUGUUCGGAGCGUCGCCUCCUUCUUCUCUUUCGGUUUUGCUGUGAAAAUGGAGAAACGCAGCGUGGACUCGCGGGUCAGAGGAGUCAGCACAGGGACCACCAUCCUGGCUGCCACUUUUGAUGGAGGGGUUGUGAUUGGUUCAGAUUCCAGGGCUUCCAUUGGAGGGGAAUAUGUGUCAUCUAAGACCAUCAACAAGGUGGUCCAGGUUCAUGACCAGAUCUUCUGCUGCAUGGCCGGCUCACUAGCAGAUGCUCAGGCCGUCACCAAGGCUGCAAAGUUCCACCUGUCCUUCCAUAGUGUCCAGAUGGAGACCCCUCCACUGGUGAUAGCAGCAGCAUCGGUGCUGCAGGAACUGUGCUACAACAAUAAAGAGGAGCUGCAGGCGGGCUUCAUCACAGCAGGCUGGGACAGGAAGAAGGGCCCUCAGGUGUACGUGGUGCCUCUUGGUGGGAUGUUGGUCGGUCAGCCGGUGACCAUCGGAGGCUCAGGCAGCACCUACAUCUACGGCUACGUCGACGCCAAAUACAAACCCAACAUGAGCAGAGAGGAAUGCCUGCAGUUUGCCACUAAUGCUCUGGCUCUCGCCAUGGGCAGAGACAACGUCAGCGGAGGCGUGGCUCACCUUGUGGUCAUCACGGAAACUGGGGUGGAGCACGUGGUUGUCCCCGGCAACAAGCUGCCCAAGUUUCACAACGAGUGACAGCGU